ACUGCGACUUUGCUCUUACUCUCUUCUCGUUCUCCUCUCAUCUUCGCUUGCUUUUCUAUCUCUCUUUCGUACUAUGGCAGCAUCCAGAAACGACAGGAAACCAUACAGCCGACCUGCACCUCGUCCUAGAGGUUCAGAGGGUGAAUGGCUUCACGACAAAGCACCCGGCGCACGCUCAGGGACAUCAAAUGGCGUCUCUCAAGCAAGGUCGAAUUCAGCACCAAGCGCAAAGCUCAUAAUUUCAAACUUGCAUUAUGAGGUUACAGAGAAAGAUGUUGCUGCAAUCUUUGGCACAAAAGUUCACCUGAGAGAAACCGAUCAUCCGACCUCUAUUCGUUUCGUCGUUCUUCUGUUCUUCAAGUAUGACCGCAGUGGCCGUUCGUCCGGUGUAGCCAUUGUCUCCUACGAGACACUCGCUGAAGCCGCCGCCGCCAAGAGAGAAUAUGACGGACGUCUCUGCAAGAAUCAACCAAUGUCGAUCGACUUCUACAACCCAGCACCAAAACGGGCGGUCAGUGCGCCGUCGCUGCUCAACAGGAUCCAGAAGCCUCCUCUACUCGACCGGUUGGGUCAAGACCAAAAACAUGCAAGAGACAAGGGCGCUCCACAAAGCGGCGCGGGCCCCAUCCGAAGCAGGCCGCGACAUUCAACAGGUCGUGCACCCCGAGCACCGAAGGCGCCCAAGAAGCCCAUGUCGGCAGAAGACCUGGACAAGGAAAUCGAUACUUUCAUGAAAGAUGAUAACGCCAUCGCUUCUGCUCCUACUGCUACUAAUGGUAAUGGGACGGCACAGGUGGUGCAGGAUGUUGAGAUGGCUUAGAUGAAUGCUUGGUGACAGGGUAUAUUAUGUUGUGAUGGAUUUCCCCCUUUCUUAAGCUUGUGCUGCCUUGAAUGUUGUGAUUACUCUCUGCUUCCGAUUCUGCUCAUGAUUUUAUAUAUAAUACAUACAGCCUGUUUAUACGUGACUACUUCCGCUGUUCGUCAUUUGGUCAGGUC